CAACUUCAACAAUCCUCUCUCUCACAUAGGCGAAGUAGAUAGUACAAAGAAUGGUAAGCGGGGGAGACAUUUCUAAUUUGUCAUCAAAUGCAUCAAGGCAGCAGAAAUGGAAGAUAAAAACAUAAGAAUUUUUGUCCAAAGACGGUGUGCUUGCGAUAGAAGAUUCUGAGUAGAAACUCAUAGCAUCUUCUGUAUGUAGAAAUGGGACGAAAGCAAUCUCUGCGAAGCAAAACAGCUCACUUUGUAUCGGAUCUCACCACUGUCCUACUCAAUCCGAUCUCUGACAAACCCUCUAAAGCCCCUCCUCCUCCUUCUGAAGGAGGGGAUAUAUCAAAUGUGUCUGAUUCGGAGUCAACUAAUCGAGAUGGUGGCGAGAAAUUAACUGAUGGGCCUGAUACUUCAUCCUUCUCUGCAUUCCUCUACUCGUUCUUGUCUUCUUCAGAUUCUAGAGAUAAUGUAAACCCAGAUGGGCAAAAUGACACUAGAAGUCGAACUGAUAUGCCGCCAUCAGACUCAGCUAUGAAGGAAAAUACUGGAAAGAGAAGUUUGUUUUCCAGGGGUAAGCAAUCUGUUGGUAGAGCUAUCAACCAAGCUGCAAGAAUCACAGGAUUCCGCUCUCAAGAGCGGAAGGAUGAGACUGAAAUGAAAUUGGAUGAUGGGCAUGGUUCCGGAUUAUCUGGUGUUGAGAUGAGGCAUAUUAAGCCUGAGGAGGAACAUACAUCUUUGAUUGAUCUACCAGAAGCUUCUGAACCUUCAGCGCUCCUUUCAGAGAAAAUGAGAAAUAUUCUUUAUGCUUCUCUUCCUGCUCUUAUUCAUGGGAGGAAAUGGAUGCUACUAUACAGUACACAGAGGCAUGGGAUGUCGCUUUUGACACUGUACAGGAGAAGCAUGCUUUGGCCUGGCUUAAGUUUGCUGGUUGUUGGAGAUCGUAAAGGUGCAGUUUUUGGUGGCUUGGUUGAAGCACCACUUAAGCCAUCAAACAAAAAAUAUCAGGGAACAAGUAAUACUUUUGUCUUCACAAACGCCUCUGGCCAUCCUACUAUAUAUCGCCCAACAGGGAUAAACCGCUAUUUCACACUAUGCUCCUCUGACUUUCUAGCCCUUGGCGGGGGAGGUCAUUUUGCCCUCUAUUUGGAUGGUGAUCUAUUGAACGGGUCGAGCUCAGUCUCUGAAACUUAUGGCAAUCCUUGCCUUGCUCAUUCUCAGGACUUUGAAGUUAAGGAAGUAGAGCUGUGGGGCUUUGUAUAUGGUUCCAAGUAUGAAGAAGUUUUAGCAUUGAGCAGAGCCGAGGCACCUGGAAUCUGUCGAUGGUGUUAACCUAGAUAUACAUCUGAGCCAACAUUUAAUGCCUUGCAGCUUCUGUAUAUAUAUCAUGCUGAUUCAGAAUCCUGACAAUCUAUACGUUGUAAGGGAGGCUAUUUUGACAGAUAACAGGACAAAUUUUAUCACCCAACUACGUUAUCAAUACAGCAUUGUAUAAUGUGUAAAUAUGUACUCAAGCUGUAAAUAUAAGAUUACUUCGUAGGACUGAA